AUGGGUGUUGAAAAGACUGUCCUGAAGCCCGGCAACGGCGUUGACUUCCCCCAGAAGGGCGACAACGUUGCGAUGCACUACACUGGUUGCCUCUACGAUGCCUCCGCUGCGGCUAACCACUACAUGGGUCAGAAGUUCGACAGCUCCCGCGACCGCGGUACCCCUCUGGCCAGCCCUAUUGCCGUCGGCCGUCUGAUCAAGGGCUGGGAUGAGGGUGUUCCCCAGAUGAGCCUCGGCGAGCGUGCCAUCCUCGACAUCUCCCCUGACUUUGGCUACGGACCCAACGGUUUCCCCGGCCUGAUCCCCCCCAACUCCCGUCUGGUCUUCGACGUUGAACUUGUCAAGAUCAACAACAAGUCUGCUUAG